UUCAAUAGUUAAGUGAAAAAAUAAAAUCUGCAAAGAGAGUCUAUCAACAUUGAGUGUUUAUACCGUUUGUUUGAAUCAAUGUUUGAUGGCCGCCUCACAUUAACAAGUUCAAGAUGUCGAGAGUGUACGUUGGUCGGAUACCUCCUAGAUGUACCGAGAGGGAUAUCGAACGGUUCUUCAAGGGAUAUGGCAGGUUGAGAGACAUCGUUUUAAAGAAUGGAUAUGGAUUCGUCGAGUUUGACAAUGAGAAGGAUGCCGAUGAUGCUGUUUACGACCUUCACGGUAGAGAUCUAAGGGGCGAACGUCUGAUCGUUGAACAUGCCCGUCUUCCACCAGGCACCAGAGGUGGCAGCAGAAGAGCUGGUGGAGGCGGUGGUGGUGGAGGAGGUGGUGGUAGUGGUCGUGAUCGCAGGUACGGCCCACCAACUCGAACGGAGUAUCGCGUUAUUGUCGAGAAUCUGUCGUCGCGUGUAAGCUGGCAGGAUCUAAAAGAUUUGAUGCGUAAAGCUGGGGAAGUCACCUAUGCGGAUGCUCACAAAUCGGCAAAGAAUGAUGGAAUUGUUGAGUUUGCUGCUUAUGCGGAUAUGAAGGAGGCGAUUGAGAAGUUUGAUGGUUAUGAACUUUAUGGGCGCAGGCUUCGUGUAUAUGAAGAUCGUCCAGGCCAGAGAUCUCGAUCGGGUUCUUACAGGUCGCGAUCUGACAGUCGCCGACAUUCCCACAGAUCGCGAAGCCGAGAUUCCUAUCGUAGAAGGGAAUCCCGAAGCCCAAGACAUCGACGCGACAGGUCACAUUCAAGUGAUGAACACCGGUCGGAAUCUCGUCACAAUUCCCACAGACGCUCCAGGGAAAAUUCAGUCGACAGAGAGUCUAGGAGUCUAUCUCAUCGUUCGAGGUCAGAUCGUUCUCAUGCAAGAUCCCUUUCUCAGCACAGUGACAAACACUCAUUGGGUGCUGGUUCUCGCUCUCCAAGUUGUAAUGGUAGAGAAGGCAGCAUGAAGAAUGAUUUAGAUCGGCGCUCCAGGUCACGUUCUGCUACACACUCACGCUCAAGAAGCAGGUCGCGUACAGUUGAUUCAAGGUCUCCUGAUCGUUCUCGUACACGCUCCCGUUCUGCAUCCCGGUCGCGUUCAAUGUCACACCGCAGUGAGUCUGGCACGCCGCGACGAUCAGAUGACGAAAUGGAUGGUAGAAGCAAUGGUGACCAUGGUGCUCGGGAUCGAGAUUCUGAUGAAUAAUCGCAUUUAAUGUAGACUGCUCAAGUCGAUGUUAUUUUACCUGCAUACUAAACUUUCUGCAUAAAACGUCUUUUUACCUUUAAUGGUUUCAUGUUUCGUACCUGAUUCUGAGUAUAAAUAUGGCUUACAGUCAGUCAGCGUCUCCUGCACUGGGUUCCAGCAGUUUCCAAAACAUAGAUGGAUGCGUAUCGAACUGAGGAAGCAGUGAAGCCAUUCCACGGUGAUGCAGCCCAAAUCACCGCCUAGGACUUGUAUUUCAUUACAUCCAGUCAUAUCCGAACAUAAGCGAUGGGGAUGAGCAAAAUUUCUGAGCUGCAACAGUUUCGAAAACGAGACGUAGAGCUUCGUAUUUGGUGAGAAGACACUGUCUUUCGGUAUUGUGGGGACCGUUUUCGACGAAAUUUGAAAGUCGGAUGUGUGAAGCACUAGCUUAAUUUUCCAAGUGGUGGACGCACUUAGACUGCUCAUUAAUGUCACUAGAAUUAUUCCGGCGAAGUUCUACAAGUGUCCCAGGAGAGCGAACGCCUCAAUGAAUUUGAACGCAUGCUAGUCGUUGGCCAACAGCACCGUCAUCAUAGCUGAAAUAUCAACACUAUUCAUCAAAUUAGGAGCAAGUGUCACACAGAUCACGCUCUUAAUUACUGUUUGGACGAUGUGUUAAUAUCUUGUGAGGGUAGGAACAAGGGUUAAGUUAAGUGUUGGCGUCAGAGUUGGUCUGUCUGUCUGUUUUCGACAUA